AUGUACUUUGAGGUAGAGUAAUUAGGAAAGAUUGCUAUUAAGAGUUAAUUCCAAAAUGAUAUGUUGAUAUCAUACACAAAUGCAUUUUCUUCUGGACUAUUUUUGGCAGUAGGGAUUGUUCAUAUCCUCCCAGAAGCACACGAAACUUUGGCAGAGUAUAUAGAUUAUCCUAUUGCAUUUUUGAUAGCAAUCAUGGGAUUUUCCCUUAUACUAUUUGUAGAAAAAAUAAUUUUCCGAAAUGUUGAGGAAAAUCCAAGUUGUGUUGAACUAUAGCAAUUGGAUAAAUAGGGACAUCAUUAAGCAAUCCUACUUGAUAAUUUCGAUCAUCAGCACACGAAUCAAUUGAUCCGAUCUUUAAAGCAUAACCAAAAUAAUCUUAAACCCUAUUUAUUAUCCACUGCUAUUGGAUUGCAUGCUGUAUUUGAGGGGAUAGCUCUUGGUGUAACAAGAAGAACUUCCGAUACUUUGGCCUUGGGAUUGUCUUUGAUGGGUCAUAAGUGGGCUGAAGGUUGGGCACUAGGAGUAGCGUUUAGGGAAUCAAGUGUUGAACAAGAUUUGCAAAUAAAAUUCAUCAUUUUCUCUGCUUUGCUCUCUCCAGUUGGUAUCAUCAUAGGAAUGCUGAUUGCUAGUGAAAGUAUCUUUGUAACAGGGAUUGUUUAAAGCAUUACCGCCGGAACAUUUAUUUAUAUUGCUUCCACUGAGUUGAUCGUUGAAGAAUUCAAUAAAAAUUAAAACAAGACAAUCAAGUUCAUACUUUACCUUUUAGGUAUAAUGCUUAUGUCUUUUAUUGUAUAUUUGGAGUGA